UCCUCACUCACUAGUACUUCAGACUUAAUGGAGAUUGAUAAUCUUAAUGUUGAGAUAUCACCAACUACUAAUAUUGAUAAUCCCAUCAAAAUUGUAUCUUCAGAGAAUGAUAACAAUGAAGAACAAAUAGAAAAUGCCUACAAUAAUGAUGUUGAGCAAAUAGAUGCAAUACCUAUCAAAAUUAUGCUAUUGAAGAGAAAAUAUGAUAAUAAUAAUGUUAAGCAAAUAGAUAUAACAUCUUCGAUAUUAGAGAAUGAUAACGAUUAUGAUGAUGAGUAA